AUGCUGGUUUUAUUGUUUUUACGUUUGGCCAAGCCAGAUAACCAGCCGGAUUUGCUGUUCAGUGGCGCUAGCAUUGAUCCGAAAUGGCUUGGAGGAAAUGCGAAGGCGGAAGAAUUGAUGGAAAACUUGAGGCAGAAUAAGAUGCCGAAAGAGUUGAAACUAGUGAGCUCAAAUGAGGCCGAACAGAAGUCGGAAAAAACGGACGACAGAAAACCUGCUUCAGAAAGAUCAAAUGAGGCAGCGCCAGAGGAACCACAACAAACGGAGAAUAACGGAGCCGAUGCGAGCGACAUCAGACAUGAUCUUCUUGCGCUCGAAAAAGUGAUGGGAGACGCGCAAAUGAUGCAGGUGAAACGGAGAAUGCGUUCGCUCGAUGAGCAUUACAACAAAAUCUUCCGCCAACAACAGGAAGUAAUUGCUUGUUUUUUAUGUGCUAUGAACAUUGUUCUCCUAUGUGCCGGAAUCGGUUUCCAGAAAAAUGAUACCAAAGAAGCUGCUGAUAAGCUGUCAGUCCUGAAAUGUCCCUUGAAGUAUGACGCGCACAAUCCGCCUCCGUGGGAAUUGUGUCCGGACCGGAAGGUGUUGCAUAGCUGCUCUACUGAUGCUGAAUCCAGUGUAUCCGAGGGCGCUUCUUCUGACAGCGAUGCUGAGGGUAGUGCUGUUGGUGUUCCUCUUUCAAAGAAAAUGAGAAGAACGCUGCGUAAUAGUGUUUGUCCGUUUCGAAGCGAUUGUGACAGCUGUAUUCAAGCUAUGCUCGAUUCUGCUUCCAUAUGCACCGAGGAUGCGGCAUGUCAAACGGAUUGUUAG